AGAGCCUGCAAGAAUGCUGGCUGUCCCAGAGGUGGGCAUGCAGGGGCUGUACAUCGGUUCCAGCCCAGAAAGGUCCCCAGUGCCCAGCCCACCCGGCUCACCAAGGACCCAGGAAAGCUGUGGCAUUGCCCCUCUCACACCCUCGCAGUCUCCAAAGCCAGAGACUCGAGCCCCCCAGCAGGCCUCCUUCUCCGUGGUGGUGGCUAUUGACUUCGGUACCACAUCCAGUGGCUAUGCCUUCAGCUUUGCCAGUGACCCUGAGGCUAUCCACAUGAUGAGGAAAUGGGAGGGUGGGGAUCCCGGUGUGGCCCACCAGAAGACCCCUACCUGUCUGCUGCUGACCCCAGAGGGCACCUUUCACAGUUUUGGCUAUACUGCCCGGGAUUACUACCACGACCUGGACCCCGAGGAGGCGCGGGACUGGCUGUACUUUGAAAAAUUCAAGAUGAAGAUACACAGUGCCACUGAUCUCACCUUGAAGACCCAGCUAGAGGCAGUAAAUGGGAAGAAGAUGCCGGCCCUGGAGGUGUUUGCCCAUGCCCUCCGUUUCUUCAAGGAGCAUGCUCUGCAGGAGCUAAGAGAGCAGUGCCCAUCUCUGCCUGAGAAGGACUCUGUGCGCUGGGUGUUGACAGUGCCAGCCAUCUGGAAACAGCCAGCAAAGCAGUUCAUGCGGGAGGCCGCUUACCUGGCUGGCCUGGUGUCUCGAGAGAAUGCAGAACAACUACUCAUUGCCCUGGAGCCAGAGGCUGCGUCUGUCUACUGCCGAAAGCUACGUCUACACCAACUCAUGGACCUGAGCAGCCGGAACCCUGGCACCGGGCGCCUGGGUGAGCGCCGCUCCAUAGACUCCAGCUUCAGGCAGGCCCGCGAGCAGCUGCGGAGGUCCCGGCACAGCCGCACAUUCCUGGUUGAGUCAGGUGUAGGAGAGCUGUGGGCAGAGCUGCAAGCAGGAGACCGCUACAUGGUGGCAGACUGCGGCGGGGGCACUGUGGAUCUGACCGUGCACCAGCUGGAGCAGCCCCACGGCACGCUCAAAGAGCUCUACAAGGCGUCGGGCGGCCCCUACGGCGCGGUGGGAGUGGACUUGGCCUUUGAGCAGUUACUGUGCCGCAUCUUCGGCGAGGACUUCAUCGCUACCUUCAAAAGGCAACGGCCCGCAGCUUGGGUGGAUCUGACCAUCGCCUUCGAGGCCCGCAAACGCACGGCGGCCCCACACCGCGCGGGGGCACUCAACAUCUCGCUGCCCUUCUCCUUCAUUGACUUCUACCGCAAGCAACGAGGCCACAACGUGGAGACCGCCCUUCGCAGGAGCAGUGUGAACUUUGUAAAGUGGUCCUCACAAGGGAUGCUCCGGAUGUCUUGUGAGGCCAUGAACGAGCUCUUUCAGCCCACGGUCAGUGGGAUCAUCCAGCAUAUAGAGGCGCUGCUGGCGCGGCCCGAGGUGCAGGGCGUGAAGCUGCUGUUCCUGGUGGGCGGCUUCGCCGAGUCUGCGGUGCUGCAGCACGCCGUGCAGGCGGCGCUGGGCGCCCGCGGCCUGCGCGUGGUGGUCCCGCACGACGUGGGCCUCACCAUCCUCAAGGGCGCCGUGCUCUUCGGCCAGGCCCCGGGCGUGGUGCGGGUGCGCCGCUCGCCGCUCACCUACGGCGUGGGCGUGCUCAACCGCUUCGUGGCCGGGCGCCACCCGCCCGACAAGCUGCUGGUGCGCGACGGCCGCCGCUGGUGCACCGACGUCUUCGAGCGCUUCGUGGCGGCCGAGCAGUCGGUGGCGCUGGGCGAGGAGGUGCGGCGCAGUUACUGCCCCGCGCGGCCCGGCCAGCGGCGCGUGCUCAUCAACCUGUACUGCUGCGCCGCCGAGGACGCGCGCUUCAUCACCGACCCGGGCGUGCGCAAGUGCGGCGCGCUCAGCCUGGAGCUCGAGCCCGCCGACGGCGGCCCUGAUGGCACCGCCGCAACCCCCGGCCGCCGCGAGAUCCGCGCCGCCAUGCAGUUUGGCGACACCGAGAUUAAGGUCACUGCCGUCGACGUCAGCACCAAUCGUUCCGUGCGUGCCGCCAUCGACUUUCUCUCCAACUGAGGGCGCCCUGGCGCGGCGCCAGCCCCCUCGGCCCGGCCGGCCCGGCGCGGCCCCGCCCUCCUCGUCCCCGGGUUGGGGGAGCCGGCUGGGGGCCGAGGAAUGCGCGGCUUCUGAGGUCAGCGCCCCUUGCCCCGCCCCCCAGCUCGGGAGAGGUGAGGUCAUGGGGGCGGGCGCUCGCCUUGGGAUAGGGCCUUGGUCCUCUGACUGAGGCUAAAGGGGAAUGGGAGGCCUCGAGGAGGUUUGCCUGCGAGCGCAGUCCAGGUGAUGGCCUCGAUUUCUGGGAUAUGUCAAGUGAGGUAGGCACCAGGUGGGGCCGUGGGAAGGAGACUGCAGGGCCUGGACCUGAGGGACGGGUCUUCACUAAUUGAUGGGCUCCAGUCAUGAGGAACCAGGCAGAGCGACACCAUACCGCAGGAAAAUGACAGUGGACAGAGGGACACGAGUGUAAUAACACCGUCCGGGAUGUGGUGCUGACCGCCUAAGAAUGACUGUUGUAGAAAGGUGGUAGUUACUCCUGGGAGGGUAUGUUAUGGUGAGGGCAGUUUUGAGGGGAUAUGGGAAUAGCCGGGAAGUGGGGGUAAGGCAGCCUAUGAAUAACCCACCUGCUCCCACGGAAGCCAUGGGGGCCGGGCCCAAUCUGCCAUUCAUAGGUGUGCCAUUAGGGAAGAUUCCCUGGUCACCAUGGGCCUCACUUUCCCCAAGUGUGAGAUGGGGCACUUCCCUCCAGCAAAGACAUGCAACAGCUCCACCUGCCUGAGAACUCACCCGAAAGUGACAAUAAAGCAUUAUGUUCCAGGGGAAGCUACAGCCUGCUGGUGCCCUGUGAGUAGAGACCCCAAUAAUGGGAGUAGGGUGAGAGGCAUAUGUGCCAAACACAGGAGUUUCAGCUGCACGCAGGGAAGGAAGUGGCCAGAAGGGGAUGCUGCUUUCUCCCUGUCAACUACGCCAAACAGCUUCUCAGGAUUCUCUAAGGCCAGGGCAGGAGGCUGCUCCCCAUCCAAACUCACUGGGCAACUGGGUCUGAGGCCUAAACUACCUCGGAGGACCUGUACACUUCCUUCUGGGGCAGCACCCCUGCCUCCUGAAAGUAUAAGUUUACCCAAG